GGGAAAACUAUCAAUUUGGCCCUCGUACUAUGGGCGGACCGUCAAUUACGUCCUCGUACUUUAAAAACACUCAAUUUAACCGUUGAACUCCAAAAAACGCCCAAUUAAACCCUUUUACCCGGUAACCAUCCCGUUUCCCGUUAACACAUCUCAUGUGGCAGGCCACGUGGUGGCACACAUGGCAUUUCCUUUUUCAUUUUCUUUUCUUUCUUCCUCAGCAAUUGUACGCCUCACCUUUCCUUUCUUCUUUCUUGUACGCAGACAGCUCCCAUUCUUCAGAGCACACCCCGGUCAGGCAACAAACAAGGAGCAACUUCGCCGGAAUCGAACAGAGAUGAACACGAUGUGUGCCGUAUUCACUAUUGGAGGCUACUGCCCAUCGGACUCAACCUCAAUGUCGCCGGAAAUCUCAUCGCAUCCGGAAUCCGCCCGGGAAAAGAAGAAACGAACAGAAGAAACCAAAGAGGGAUUCCGUUCGAGCAGUGCAGAUGUGGUUCUCCAUUGUCUCCCUCUCAAAGUCUCCGUCUGAAAACAUAAGAAGAGGCACCAAGAUCCGCCGGACGGCCGGAGUGUAACCAUCAAUGUCGUCGCCCUCCAAUUACCCUCGUUUUCCACCAGUUAAUUUCAUACAAAUUCUGAGAGAGAAGACCACUAAGUGAAAGAAAAGGGGCGGCAGGCUGCUGGAGCCCUAAAGAGAAAAGAGGGAUAUAGAGUUGCAGGCUUGAGGCGUGAAACCUGGGAGAAAGAGGAGGAAGAAAG